AUGAACUUUGUUUCGCGGGGUUACACUACAAAUUUAGGUCCAAGAGAUCACAAAAACAAUUUUCAUUCCUUUUCUGGGUUUCUCCCCCAGCCGCCUGAAAUACACGUCUUCCAGAUCCGGAUCUACCAUGCGAGGAGGUUCGUGAACCGUUCCGCACUCUUCCGAUUCGAUUCAUCAACGUGCCGAUGGACUUCCGCAUCAGUUUCGGAGCUCUUCAGCGACUUCUCAACGAUGUGAAGCCAAAGGUUUCUGAAGAUUUUCAGCUUAUCUAAACGGACCCAAACUUGGAUGGAAAUUUCUUGAAAACUAUGUUAAAAAUAGAGUAUCGAUCUCAAAAAUGUUAUAAAUACUUUUAAAAACGCUGCAAAUUGAACUCCGAUCUUUGAGGUUCACUUCGUGAUGAUUUCAAAAUCGAAAAGACCCGUUUCGAAAUCGACAAAAUCCCGUUUUGCAGUACGUGCUCGCCGCCUCCGCCUACACACAGCCGCAAAACCGACGGCCCGACAUGCAAGUUCGAUAUGUGAGAACACUUUCUCAUUAUUUUUUGCCAAAAUCAUACCAAUCUUCUCUCAGGAAAAGCUGUGGCCGAUCGAGUACGACGAACGUGUGCAGCUGUCGCGACUGUCGAAGAACAAGCAGAAGAUGGUGACGGUGGAGGUGCAUCCGGAGAUUGUCAAGAAUCUCGACUUCAAGCAGCAUCCGCUGAAGAAGGUGGCGAUCGCCUCGGUCGCCUGCCACCUCAACGCCUACGACGACAAAUUCAAACUGGUGCCGGCGAAGGUUAAGGUGGCCCGUCGGAAACUGGGCAGAAUAACGGCGGAAAAGUUGAUGAGACUGCUGAGAGAACGACAUUACACUGUGAAUGAGCUGAAGGAUCUGGAAGAAUCGGACAAAUCGGAAGAGGAGGGCGAGCUGGAAGAGGAGGAGGAAAAGACGAAGAAGAUCAGAACGUUGAAAAGGAGAGAUCCGGCGGAGACGAUCAUGUUUGUGAAAGAGCUAAAGGUCACGAUCAGUGUACGGAACAACGGAAGUCACACCAAGAUUUCGGUGAGUCAGAAAGAAGGGAUUCAAGUUAUUCUGACGAGGGGAGGGUUCAUCGGAUGUUGCUUGGGAACCAGUGCUUCGAAACGAUCGCGUAAAGUGUGUCGCCGACCCUCAUAAUUUCGGCGAGUCUCACUGAAUCCACGGGGCCACUUUCUUGUAUGAUUCCCUAAAUGAGCCGUAUUCCAGGCGGACAGCGAGGAACACCGUCAGAAAGUGCUCGAAAUCGUGCGAUCGAUGCUGUGGGAAGACGACGGAGUGGUGGGAAGACGCAGCAAUCGGCCGCCGACGCCUCCGCCGGAAGAAGAUUCGCCGCUUUGCACGCCCAGCGUAUUCUCCUCGGCCACCCUGUCGAGCUCGUCCUCGGCCGCAUCAACGCCCACCCAACAAUGA